UACAUAAGAUAGAGAGUAAGUGUCUUCACUUGGCUGACUUUUUCAAAGUUUGCUUAUUGCAAUGUUACCUUUUUUCUUAAGCUGAGUUGAUUCUACCGUAGGCUACUAAGGGGUUAAAUGCUAUCCUCUAAAUUCAAGGGAAAUCAGCCAAACACUGCUUCCUUCACUCUGAAAAGCUGGAGGCUCUAAGCAGUAUAAAGGUUGAGAGAAUCAGUGUGGAGGACAGCCAGUUCCCUAAGUGACAGAAGCGGCAACGUUUAUGAGGAACACCUCGGCAGUUAUGGAUUCAUCUGACACUCAAAGGAGAAAAAUAGCUGUCAUUGGUGGUGGCUUGGUUGGAUCGUUAAAUGCGUGCUUCCUUGCAAAGAGGAAUUUCCAAGUUGAUGUAUAUGAAGCUAGGGAAGAUCUUCGAGUGGCUCAACUUGGACAUGGAAGAAGCAUUAACUUGGCCCUUUCUUAUAGAGGACGACAAGCCUUGAAAGCCAUUGGCUUGGAAGAUCAGAUCGUAUCCCAAGGUAUUCCCAUGAGAGCAAGAAUGAUUCAUUCUCUUUCAGGAAAAAAGACUGCAAUUCCCUAUGGGACAAAGUCUCAGUAUAUUCUUUCUAUAAGCAGAGAAAAUCUAAACAAAGAUCUAUUGACUGCUGUAGAAAAAUACCCCAAUGCCAAGGUGCACUUUGGCCACAGAUUGUUGAAAUGUAAUCCUGAAGAAGGAAUGAUCACAGUCAUUGGAUCCAACAGUGUUCCUACAGACAUCACUUGUGACCUCAUUGUAGGAUGUGAUGGAGCCUACUCAACUGUCAGAAGCCACCUCAUGAAGAAACCUCGCUUUGAUUACAGUCAACAGUACAUUCCUCAUGGUUACAUGGAGUUGACUAUACCACCUAGGAAUGGAGAUCAUGCCAUGGAACCUAAUUACCUGCAUAUUUGGCCUAGAAACACCUUUAUGAUGAUUGCGCUUCCUAACACGAACAAAUCUUUCACGUGUACUUUGUUCAUGCCAUUUGAAGAGUUUGAAAAACUUCUAACCGGUAGUGACGUCCUGGGUUUCUUCCAGAAGUACUUUCCGGACUCCAUCCCUCUAAUUGGAGAGCAAGCCCUGAUACAAGAUUUCUUCCUGUUGCCGGCUCAGCCCAUGAUAUCCGUAAAAUGUUCUCCUUUUCACUUAAAAUCACGCUGUGUGCUGAUGGGAGACGCAGCUCAUGCCAUAGUGCCCUUUUUUGGGCAAGGAAUGAACGCAGGCUUUGAAGACUGCUUGGUAUUUGACGAGUUAAUGGAUAAAUUCAGUAAUGACCUUAGUAUAUGUCUUCCUGAAUUCUCAAGAUUUAGGAUUCCAGAUGACCAUGCGAUUUCAGACCUGUCCAUGUACAAUUACAUAGAGAUGCGAGCACACGUCAAUUCAAGGUGGUUCAUCUUCCAAAAGAACAUAGAGCGAUGUCUUCACGCUAUUUUGCCAUCUACCUUUAUCCCUCUCUAUACAAUGGUCACUUUUUCCAGAAUAAGAUACCAUGAAGCAGUGGUGAGGUGGCAUUGGCAAAAAAAGGUAAUAAACAAAGGACUCUUUUUCUGUGGAACACUGAUAGCCAUCGGUAGUACCUACCUACUUACACGUUACAUAUUACUUCGACCUCUGGACUAUUUGAGAAGACCGUGGAACUGGAUCACGUACUUCCAGAAUACAGCAUGUUUCACCGCAAACUCCAUGGAGCCACUAGAACAAAAUCCCAGUUUUAUCCGCAGAUGACAUAAAAGUUUUGAGGUGGCACAUGCUUGAUUUCCCUGUGGCGGCAAUUUAGGGUUAAAAGUGUGUUUCCAUCAUCAUAUUUAAUUCCCUAAUGGAAGUUUAAAUUAAAGAUUAAUUAAUUAAAGAUUGCAAUUAAAUUCAAUUUAGCUUCUGUGUUGACUGCAAUUAUUUGAAAAAAAAAAUUAGCACUUUUUGUAAGCUACAACGCACAGCUUCAAGGUAGUACUACUGGGCGGGGGGGGGGGGGUCGUAGUAAAUAUGACUUUCACUUCGAAAAAAAGGAAGGCCCCAAAGGCCUCAGAAGACACUGAUCAGUACUUUUUCUUUAGAGGAGGUGGUAAAAGUCACAAGAAGGUUGACUCAAUAUCUGAGACUAAGCAACACAUCUUGCCUAACACGCUAAUUGCACUUUUCACCCAACGGGUGGAAUUUAUCUAACCACAGUGCUCAAAUUCACUUGAAAAAACUGGAAGUGAAAAUGGGAACUUAUGAGGAAAUUCCAGAGAGUUAUAAAACGAAUCUAUUUCCCAGUCUUCAAAUUCCAGUAUUACCUUCUGAAAAAAGAAAAAGGCUGCUACUACCAUACAAAGUGAAGGAUAGGAAAGCAUUCUAUUCCUACCGUAAAUCUCUACAUGUUCAACAGAGUUGAAAGGAAAUGAGAGACAGCUUUCUUAGAAAUGUGAAGUCAUAUUUUAUUCCAUUUCAUAUGCUCAGAAGCAAUUUGCUAAUUUAUUCUGUAACUACGUGCUGAGGCAGAACCCAGCAAAAAUUUGAUUACUACAAGCACAUUUAGUGAAAAACUUUUUCUUUGGUUCUUCCUUCUUCGGUAGGCUGACCUAGUCAUUGAGAAAUCCUGCAAAAUUGAUUAAUUGUGAAGAUGCAACACUAGUAAGACAGUUACCUAAGAAAUAAAAAUUAGGCAAAAAGUAAAUAAACGAUUGUAUUUCUUUUGUAUAUUGUCAAAAAAAAAAAUCCUUGUGUUCUAACAAUCUAUGUUAAGUGUAAACAGUGACCUGUGGAAAAUGAUCUCUGUGAUAACACUGGCCAUUAAUUAUCCAGUGGAUUGACUGAUGAAUAAUAAAGAUUAAAACAUUUUAUGACUAUAGCUCUACACUUACUUCAUCACUCUCCAAAGGUAGAUUCGUUUUUGCUUGUGUGUUUGUUUUACUUAGAACCUCUAUUAUAAAUUUGGGAUUCUGUGUCCAUGGCAAAAUCGGGGUAAAUUAUUAAAAGGAGAGGCUAAUUUUAGCACACUACUGUUGGAAAGGAAAUGGAUGGAGAUACUUACCUGCCAUCAACACCAUCUUCACUAUGUACAUCCUCUGUGAAUGUGUAAUUAACUAUAUUCCAUGAUUAUCUUGAAAUUUGUGAUCCUAUUUGCUUUGCUGUGAUGAUUCUUAAUUCCUAGGGCUUGCUCAGCAACAUGUUGGUCUGAAGUGCCUCUCCAACAUCCUAUGCAUGUAGCAACAGUCUUUGUAUCAGAUAGUUAUAGGAUUGAUUUUCUUUUUCUAGAAAUAUCACCUUGGUAAAUUUGAUUGGGUCAAGCAUAUGCUAUGACACUGAACAGGACCCAACACUACAGAAAAACCAAGAUUGUCUAGGUAUUUUGCACAUUUGUGUAAAACAAAGAUAUUUUUACAGCUGAGGUUUUUGAGAAAAAUGUAUUAUAUGCCUUGGAAAAUACAGUCAUUUAAAAAUAUAUUUGAAAUAAAAAUGUCUAACAUGCUGGAUGAUGGUGCCAGAUGCCAUGUUGUGCUUAAAGUGUUUUUGUUUUUGUUCUUCAUUAUAUAAAGCACCCAUUGAAUUAAACACAUAUUUGUCCUGCUCAAUUGCUUUCUUGGGCAGAGAGCAUAUGGGUAAUUCAGCUUUCCUGCUGGGCCACAAAAGUUCUGUUGAUAUCACAUAGAAUGGAGAUUCCAGAACAGUCCUUAUAAUUAUAAUGGAAGUCUAAAAGUAGUGUCUGAUUUAAGACCCCUGUUUUUUUUUUUGUUGUUGUUAGCAUUAUUCAUUCCUAUAAAGGACGAAUCUGGAUUACAUCAGCUUUGGACCCAUUGGUUUUGUCAAUGUUGUUGACGGAUAACGACUCAUCACUGGUAAUGAUAAAAAUGAUGGAAGAAGAGUUAAAAGUCACUUUCUUCUUUGGCCUGUCCCCAUCUUUCUGUGACAUCACAAUAGGUCUGAUCUGCAUUUCACUCCCAACCACUGGCAGGUCUUUAGCAGGCCGCUGGCAUCUCAGCAGGCGGAAACAUAGCAGCUGCAAAAGGGAUCUUCGAAACUGGGCAAAGAAAAUCAAGUUGAAUAUUAAGCAGAGUUUGGUCCUUAGCCUGGAUUAACGUUCAAGGAAAUUAGUCUAGUGACUGAGCUGUUCUCUUAGCAGAUGUGGUUGAGGGUUAGGUGGCAGUGUUUCCAUCUACCUAAGUAACCCUGAGGUUUUAUGUCUUGUUCAUAUUAAUAAUUCUUAAUAGCUAGAUCACAUGAAAAAAAAAAAAAAAAACAAAA